UCAGCCUCAACUGCUCACGCUGUCACUCUGUUCCCCUGCCUUGCUCUCUCUGAGCCCCCUCAGGCCCCCACAAAACCUGGUCUCUGUGACAUACUGCAGCCCCAGCCCAGAAAUGCCACACUCUCAACACUUGCAACCAUUCAAAUUAAGGCCUCUUUGGUUUCCUAUCUGAUUUCAGAAAAUUACAAGUGCUCCUUAAUCUCUUUUCACUUUGAACUGUUGCUCUCUAGGCUGCCAUGACCUUCUUGGCUAACUUUCCUACACACCAACACCAGAAGAGACCAUUUAACCGCAUUGUCUAAUCUGCACACCAAAGGCCAUCAGUGUGUCCUCUGCAUACUCAUGUGGGAAAUUCAAAGCUUUUAGUUCAAGCCCUCCGAACUCUCAGAAGCGUCUUUCAAGAGAAGAAGAGGCAGCGGUGGAGGAGGGCAGCAUUUUGGCUGCCCUCAGGCUGGGAGGUGCUGCAGGUGCUGGCUUUGCCUGCCAGCGCUCCCACACGACCCGAGGCACAAUGUGCCCAGCUCCAGUUCCUGUAAUUCACCCCGUUUCCUGUGACCAUACAAUGUGUUCAUUAUUUUGGCAGGAAGAAAUAUCAUUUCGUGGUGUUGCUCCUGGGUUAUCUCCUGCGCUGGGCCCGCUGCCCUGACUUGCCAGCAAGUGAGAAAGAAGAUGUCUUCAUGCUUCUUGGGCAAAGAAACAGAAUAAAAGUCUUCCAAAAGAGAUGCCACAAAGGCAGAAGUUAAGCAGAUGAAGAGGUUGGAUGCGCCUUUGCAGGCUUUUGAAGGCUGGAUCUGGGGCCUAGUGCUGGAGCCACCAUAACGUGAGGCCUCAUCCUGAAGGGGAGCUGCCCAGGGUGGAAAUGUGGUGAGGUCUCCAAGCCACCCGCACCAAGGUCUGAGCCCAAGAUUCGCGCCAUGCCUCAUGCCCUCCCUUCCCUGCUGGAUUUCCCCUGGAUGAGAGCAGACCCAGCCAGCAGCAGCGUGGCUUGAGCCAGGUCUUAGGGCAAGCAAAUGGACUCGCCCAGCCCCAGGGACCCUGAUCUGACGGCCCCGGGCACGCUGCAGCACAGGGCGAGGUGCCCUUUGUGUGAGUAAAGCCUCCUCCUCCUCCUCUCCUCCUCCCGAAUGGCCCACGCUUGUUUUUCAUACAUCCUUCAGGUGCAUCCUGUCAGAUAUUUCUAAACGCCGAGCGCUCAAAGAGGUGCUGAUUAUCUGCGCUUGGCCUUCUGCCCACAGGAUACCAGUCUAAAGGUGAAGACAGCCUUUAUCUGGAGGCCUUAGAUAAAGUCUCGCAGUUGUUUAAAAGUCCCUUUGUGCCUGCUGCCUUUAAAAACAUAAAUGUGCGUAGCGUAAAAGGCAUGCUUGGUAUUGUUAAUGAGCCAGAGAGGCAGAAACGCUCGACAAAAAUACACAGGCAGCUGAAAGAAGAGUGGAGAGGUGCAGUACAACGUGGUCGAGGCAGAGGCUCGAGGUUUGCUGACCCGCCAGCCCUGGUGGGCAGGGAGGAAGGCUGCUGUGUCCUGCAGGAGCACCGAGCGAUGAGCAGGGGAAGGCCCCGACGUGCCUGGCCCUUGUUCUGGUCGGGAACCAGGGACCCCCUGCAGGCACCUUCCUAAAAAUAGGGCCACGGAGGCUGGGUAUGGGGCUGGCUGUGUGCCUCGGUCUCAGAAGGAGGAUGUCCUAGGCAGGAUAUCCUGGUAAAGCGGCCGCUUCGCUUCGGGAUAAACCUUUCACCUCCGGAGAGAGAUGCUGCUGGCGGAAGGCCAGCUUCCCUUUUACAAAUCUGCCAGCAUUUUGCAGACACUCAUACAUCAGUAUUUCUUCCUAGGAUCAGCAUCAGCUGCUGACAAAAGAUGCACGGGAAUUGAAAACAAGUGAUAAGCAGCUCUUGCAUUUUCCAAAUCACUUUGCUCUCACCUGAGACAAUGAACAUGGGGCUUCUCGGGUGUUUAUUUGUUGGUAGGGUUCCUUCAAAGGUUCCUUCAAGUGAUGAGGUAGCCCAUAGACACAUCCGCAAAGGCUGGUGGAGAAAGUGGCCUUGCCUUUUGCCUUCCUGAGGACGUUGGCUAAUGGAUUUAAGUGCACGUCCACCAGCCGAAGGCAGCUCCAGGUGAAGGGUCCUCUUCUCCCUUUGCUACGUUGCUGUGGCAAAGCAAAGCUUCGUGGCAGGGCUCAGACACCAUGGGGAAAGGUCACCACGCCUGGGCCGGAGCUUACACUGCAGUUAUGUGUUAGGAUAGCUCCCUUUUUUCACUUCUCUUCCACAGUUAUGUUCUUGUUAAUGGUGCAGGGUCAUGGGACCAAUUCAAGAAAAAAAAAAAAAGAGAGGAUAGGAUAGGAUAGGAUAGGAUAGGAUAGGAUAGGAUAGGAUAGGAUAGGAUAGGAUAUUUGAAAGGGACUGAUGGAGAUUAUCUAAGAACACUUAUAUUCUACUGUACAUUAUGUACAACAAGAAAGGGAAGCGUGCCAGCAGCCGUGUCAUCUUCCCAAGCCCUGGGCCAUGAGCUGCGGCACUGUAUAUCAUGUAAAAUCGGUCAGCUGGAAAUGAGGCAGCUCAUAAGGAGUCUCACUGUGCUGUAGGCGGGCCAGUUUGCAGCAAUCCAAAAGAGGAAGGUCAUUCUCAGCAGGCAGUACAAGAAUUUAUAUAUAUAUAUAUAUGUAUGUGUGUGUGUGUAUAUAUAUAUUAUAUAUAUAUACUUACAUAUAUGGGAAAGGAAUUAAAGGAAAGAAAAAGCAAAAAGGAAUUGGGAAUGAUGAACAUUAUGUUUUAUAAAAAAUACAGUUUGGGGAAAAUUUCAACCUGAAACCAUUAUAUUAUUUCAGAAACAAAGUCCAAACCCUUGGAAAAUGUAGCCUCUAGGCUAAAUAGUCUGAGGUUAACAAAACUUCCAAGAAAAUGCAAGAAAAUUACUACCUUCCACUAAGUUUCUACUGAUACAGCUUUUGGUUUUCCUUUAGUGAGUACUUACUGGAAAAAAAAAAAAAAGUUUCUAUAUUUUUUAGUUUUUUUGCAAGCGAGUGACAGCAGGGAAAAGGAGAAGCAGCCAGCCUGAAGGGCACAUUCGUGCAACUCAACUUCUGAGCAGGCAGAAAGAAAUCCCUGUCCGCGGGCUCGGUCCCGCGGCACUGGAUGCACUGAUGUCAUCGCCCUUCCAGCUGUUUUAACGUCACUGCUGUUCACAUUUGGUGUGGCGAAGAGAAACAAACUACAGGAUUUCCUGCUCUGCAGCCACCGUGCUGGGCUGCAGAUGCCGGCAGGCUUCCAGCGCUCCGAAAACAUGUGGAAGUUCAGAGGGGAGCCUCUGGGGCUGGGACUGCUGCGAAAGCUGGUAGGGAACAGCAGCAGAGGGCUCGCUCCUCCUGCUCUCUAGCAUGGAUGUCUUCCCCCUGAAGGAUGGGAGCUGCAGGGAGGGCCUGGGCUGCUGCUGGCAGAUCCUGUCUGUUGCUACAACACGAUGCCUGCACAGCGUGCCGGGAGCGCCCAAAUUGAGUUAGCAGGACCGACAGAGGGACUGGCGUGCGUUCGGCUGGCUAUUAGCUUAGGAAAGCAGCCUUGGAUCUGGAGCCAGGGCUGUGAUAGAUCUGUCUGCACCUCCCUGGCUGGCCUCUGCUCCGCUCUGCUGCCAGCAGCAUCGUUUGCUGAGGCUAAUUACACUGAACCUCUGCGCGGAUCCAAAAGGACAAUUUUAUCAGCCCGCUCAAAGCCCCACGGAAAUCACCUGUGUAUAUGCAGCUUGUCCUUCCACCCUGAAGUGCAUUUAUUGAAUGUGGGGCAACACUGGGAGGUUUGGGGCAUCACAGCACUUGUUUUUGCUCCCUGCAGAAAGCCUCCACCCGCCUGAAUCCACCACGGAGCGAGGAAACUCGGCCGAGAUGGAGAGCAACGCGUCCUCUGGGAACUGCACCCACCCGCAGAUGGCCUUCCAGUCCACGCUGUACGCAGCCACCUACACCAUCAUCUUCAUCCCCGGCCUGCUGGCCAACAGCGCUGCCCUGUGGGUCCUGUGCCGCUUCAUCAGCAAGAAGAGCAAAGCCGUCAUCUUCAUGAUCAACCUGGCCGUGGCCGACCUGGCCCACGUCCUCUCGCUGCCGCUGCGGAUGUAUUACUACAUCAACCACACGUGGCCCUUCGGGAGCUUCCUCUGCCAGGUCUGCUUCUACCUGAAGUACCUCAACAUGUACGCCAGCAUUUGCUUCCUCACCUGCAUCAGCAUCCAGCGGUACCUCUUCCUCCUCCACCCCUUCAGAGCCAAGGACUGGAAGCGCCGCUACGACGCGGCCAUCAGCGCGGCCGUCUGGCUCUUCGUGGGGGCCGCCUGCCUGCCCCUGCCCAUCGUGAGGAGCCCGGCCCUGUCCAACAGCACCAACACCUGCUUUUCGGACCUGGCCGUGAAGCAGCUGGCGCCGGGAGCCUCCAUCGCGCUGGUGACGGUGGCGGAGCUCUUUGGCUUCGUCAUCCCCUUCGGCAUCAUCGCCUGCUGCACGUGGAAGAUGAGGCAGUCGCUGCGGGAGUGCCAGACAGAGCUGCAAAACGCCAGCGAGAAGCAGCGAGCGCUGCGGAUGGUCCUGAUGUGCGCCGCCGUCUUCUUCAUCUGCUUCACCCCCUACCACAUCAACUUCCCCCUCUUCAUGAUGGUGAUCGAGAACAUCAUCACGGACUGCGCCGUGCACAGGAGCACGCUCCGCUUCCACCCCAUCUCCCUCUGCCUCGCCAGCCUCAACUGCUGCCUGGAUCCCGUCCUCUACUACUUCAUGACCUCCGAGUUCCAGGACCAGCUGCUGCGGCACGGCUGUGCCGCCCUGCGGGCUCGCCUCGCGCGCAGCCGCAGCAGCUUCUCCGUGGUGGAUGCCGGCCACGACAUCCGCACCAAGCCGAGAAACCUGCCCCGCUUCGGGCUUUGGUCCCUCCCCAAGCUCUUCGGCCGGAUAAACAGCAUGGAAAUCCCCCCGGUGCCGCCCGACGAGCUCCUCCUGGAGUCCAUCUCUUGAAAAGAAGACGCUCCCCGCCGCGUAGGUGCUCCCCGUAGCUUGAGUGAAGGUCCCGUUGGGUCUCCACAUCCGUGCUGAAUUCCCCCUGUGUGCAGCAGGUGCUGGGAUCGGGCCCAGGAGGACGUUUUGGUGGAGGAGGUUUGGGUGCCGUGUUGUAGGUGUCAGGGACCGUUCGCCCUACAGUGUUCUCCGUCGUGUUAUCGCUAAAAUAUUGCAAACAGCCGCCACAACCAUCAGUGUUUCUCCCCUGCCGGACUGCAGCUAGGUGUGGUGCCCUGCCUUUGCUGUCGUGUCAGUGUCUGUACCUAUUUGUCGUGUUUGGCAGCCCUUCUGCAUCCUGCCACGGGCUCCAGAUCAGGACGGGUAAUGGUGUGCAUGCAGAGCAAACCUCUCCCUCCGAGAAAAUCAACACUAAAUCUGGACCUCGGGACUGCAGCAGAGAGGAUGAGAAGUUGGCGCUGCCAUCUAGGAGCCUGUGCCAUUUGGGGUGUUGCUAAAGCCUCUGCUCAUCGAUACAGAUGUCACACAAGCCCCUCGGGUCUGCUUCAUAAACCAGGAGUGGGUGCAGCCCUCGCUGGGACCAAGAAACGUUUACAAACCUGACCCGAGUGCAUCCUUCGGGCUUCAAACUCGGGAGGAAAUAAAAUGUUCUCAACACGU